GUUCAGAGGAAACAGCGCGAAGACAAGAUGGCAGAAGAAGCUCCAGCUGCGGCGCCGGCUAAAGCCGCGGCCAAAGCCCCGAGGAAGAAGUCGGCCCCGAAAGCCAAGAAGGAGGGACCCAGCCUGCCGAAGCUCAUCGUGUCCGCCGUGGCCGACUGCAAGGAGCGGAAGGGAGUGUCUCUGGCGGCGCUCAAGAAGGUGCUGGCCGGGAAAGGAGUGGACGUGAGCAGGGCCAACAAGCGCAUCAACACCGCCGUCACCAAGCUGGUCACCAGCGGCACCCUGAGCCAGACCAAAGGCACCGGCGCCUCCGGGUCCUUCAAGCUCGCCAAGAAGGAGCCUGCAGCCGCCAAACCGGCCAAGAAGGUGGUGAAGAAGAAGGCUCCCGCCAAAGCCAAGAAGCCCGCCGCCAAGAAGACCACGGCAGCCAAGAAACCCGCUGCCAAGAAGCCGAAGGCGGUCAAGAAGUCCCCCAAGAAGGCGCCGGCCAAGAAGGCGGUCAAGAAGGUGACCAAGAGCCCCAAGAAGGUCGCUCCUAAGAAGCCAAAGGCUGCCAAGAAGCCUGCAGUCAAGAAGACUGGCGCCAAAAAGCCCGCGGCCAAGAAGACCAAGAAGUAGAUCUGAUCUUCAUGAGCUCUUCACC